AUGACACACACCGGAUCAACGGACUCGGAAGAUUCAGAUUCAGAAGAUUCGGACUUCUCUGCACAUUCCGCAAGCCCUUCAUUUUAUAUUCGACCCACUUAUGAUACAGACAGCACCAAAUAUUCGGACGAUCACUAUGAAACAGACUCAGACCUGGACCUGGACUCUCUGAACUUCUCAGAUUCUCAGAUUAUCGAGAUUGAGGAACCACCCAUCGAUAUCACCGCACAACUCCAUUUGAAUACGACCGAGUCCCUCUUUAAUCUCUUCCGGUCCGGGUACCUGCAAGCUGCCGUCAGCGCUCAGAAACGUUGGACAUUGUUAUGUCCCGACUGCCAAGACUGGUGUCAGACCAGUGUCUCAUCUGACAUUCCUCUGUGGGCGCCAGGUCAGUUCAAUUCGUUGAAGUGCCAUCGCGGCAGUAAGAAGUGCCUUCGGACUACGGAUCGAAAAAGAAAGGAAGCCGACAACGUGCCUGAUGGGGCCAGCAGCGUGUUUGAUGCACCAAUCACACGUUCCCCAUCAAUUACAUCAGAUCACAACAGCCGAGUCCUUUCUCCUCAUCCUGCCGCUAGUCAUUGCGCUGGACUUCCUGUCCUCUGGCCACAGAAUCUUGGCCCCUUCGUGAUGCAUAUCCCCUGGGAACGCUAUCAUGAUGGCCCGGAUGGGCUCCCUUUCUUUAUUGACAUCACACAACCAAGUGCGCCUCGGGUUCGAUCAAAGCGUUGUGUCCUGUCCACCUUGAUCGAGGAAAGCGUGCGGGAUGUGAAGCCUCACACGAAUUACAGGUAUACAGGCCUUGCACGUAUGCAAGAUAUCGCAAAGGGCUAUGCCGAUCAAGCUCGGCAGUUGAAACUGCAGGGCCUCAACGCUUCUCGCGAGUAUAUAACUGCUCUAUCCCAGCUGGACGAUUAUCACCGCCUCCUCAUGGCGAUUUCGGAACACGACAUCCCCCGCCUCCAACAGAUUAUCACCGUCGCCUUGGGCAAUGGCGCCAGCGUCCGGGAGAUAGUCAACAAACUCGAGGACGCUCUGGAAGGUGUUUACCGUCCACGUGGCUAUGGUGCCAGUGAUUUAGACAUAGCUACACUCGUCUACCGACUUGGAGGACGACAGCUUCUCUUCGCGCUCAACCACAAGCUCAGUAUUCCCUCUCUUCGCACCCUUCGCACCCGAGCUGCUUUCACUACCAUCACCCCCACCAUCGGUCCUAUUCGUGAUGACCACUUCGACGCAAAUAUUCAUUCUGUCAUUAUCAACACACGCACCGGUAUGACCACACUCCGCGGGGUUAGCAUAAUGAUAGACGAGAUGGCUAUUGAGGAAAUGGCGGUUCAUUACAGCAAGUAUAAUAAGAUAGGCGGCCUCUGUUGGAUGCAUUCUCACCUCAUAGAUCCGGUGCUCAGGACUUACGACUCCGCUGUUGCAAUAGCGCAAAAAAUCCACGACAAAGAGGUGCACCUCGGGAAGGAGGUCACUGUGAUCGGCGCUGCGUGUUUCGGAGAAGACGAGCUGUACCCCAUUCUAGUCGCACCCACUUGCAAGACGGAAGGUGCCUCUGACAUGGAGGGUGUCCUUGGUCGUGCCUUAAGGCGCUGGAAGGCAACUGGUGCAGACCAGACUGUUGGACCCGUUUGGUCACUCGCAACCGACGGUGAUGCCACUAGGCGCGCAGCGGGCCACAAGCUCUUCGUGAAGAAGCCCUUAUCCCCAGAGUCGCCGUUAUACGGGAUACUCAACAAUAUGCCUGGGUUGAAUACGUGGACAGGGGAUGACGAAGUCACUCUAGACUUCGAUCCGAAGCAUAUUAUGAAGCGUAUGUGUACACUUAUACGGUCUCCCUCGGGUAUCACACUCAACAAUGGACGAAUCAUCAACGCAAUGAUGCUCGCUCGAUAUCUCGUGUGGCUGCCUGCUUACGACGAAACCAGUGUCACGAAGCUCUUGCAUCCAGAUGACCUGCAAGACGUUCCCCGAGCAGUCGAACUAAUGCUAGCUAUAAUCGAAUUCUCGAAGUCACAGCGUUCCCUCCUCAACGACUCAUUCACUUCCGAUGUUGACAGACACGCCGACUUAACCUCCAUCAUCCUCCUUAGCGAUGUGAUCGAGUCGUACCUCAUUCCCUUUAUCAACGUCAAUCUAUCCCUCACCGAGCAGGUACAGUACCUCAGUCGAUAUGCCCACCUGUCGUUCGCCCUCUUCCGCUCUCACCGUCGUGGAUUCAUGUCAAAUCAACUGUACUACGACACCAACACAUCAAUCAAGUGCUUUGCAUUCGGAAUAGCUAAGCAACAAGUCCUUGAUCCGCACGCUUCCUUUUUCCUCGGCGACUCUGGAGACGAUCGACUAGAACUUCAUUUCGGUCGCACUCGGAUGAUAGGUGGCCAUAACUCCGCGUGUACCUUUUCUCAAGUGAUUGAUCGCUUGGGCGCUGCCAAAGACAUUGAUGGAGUAUUCAAGCGGAAUCCUGACCUCGACCCAGGCCACCGCCGCCUUAGUCUGGGCACCCGAGUCGAAAACGUAGAUCACAUCAACCGUGACAUGUGGAAGGGUGAUAUGGUAUCUGGGCGUUGCGAUCUCCCGACUGCAUGGCGCAAUGGCCGCGAAAUGGCUAUUUCUAUACUUAGCGCUUCACAGAUCGAUCCCGUUCAUUAUUCCUUCGCCGAACUCUUCCGUGAUCCGGGCGUCGAUAUGCUACGCCCUUUUGGAGAAAACAAGUACUUUGGGGUUUCAGAGGCGGAUGAGGAUCCUGAGAUGGCAAGAGUUCUUGCUCAGAGCUCUCUUGCGCCAGUCAUUCACAGUGAUACAGUGCUACUCCCAGCUGACGAAGAAGCCUCUGAGGAAGCCAUGCUGACCUUCGAGGAGGCGUUGACCGCCGAGUCUAUUACAGAUGCUCCCCCGACUCAACAGUCUCCCCCUCUGAUUGAUCCAUCUGCGCCUGCAUUGCCGGAUGGUCCAGGAAUCCGUCCCGACGAUUAUGUCUUGUUCAAAGACCGGUGGAUUCACAAACAGACGGUUUGCCGCCUCGUUAUUAACAAGGAUUUCAUUUCUAAGUCGAACAAUCGUCUGGAGCGGGUUCGUGCGGGUUACACUAAGGUCAACAAACGAAUCGAUAUGUCGUCUGGCCGCAUCACGCAUCACAACUCAUUCCUCGUCGGUGACAUCUUCCUCACAGUUCUUCGUUCAGGUCGCACACUCUCUAUCGGAAUCGUUCGUUCAACACACCUUGGAUCCAACAACGUUUCUCACGCAUCAAUGAAUAUCGCGGUAAUGAAGGCCUCACGAACAACCGUUAAAGUGACCGGUCAGCUCUUGACCCUUGUUCCAACGCGUCCCUCGCCCAAGUCCCCUUCUUUAUUCCUGUGGAAUGGGGGCUACGUGAAGGCUCGCUCUAUCAUCCAAGGAAUGGCAGAGUUGACGGAACGCGCUGUAGUUGUCAGUGUCCCUGGUUUUCUAGUCGAACCCGUUAAUCCCGAGCCGACGUUAAUCCGGCUUCGGGACGACAUCGACAGUGAUCAGUUCGUGGAGAUUAAAGGUGGGCAAAGCACCUGGCAAGUUCAUCGAGACGCUCUUCAAGCUGCUUGCGACCUUCUGUGGGCGAAGGCUGUUGAAUGCAAAGUCUCCCUCAAGUCUAUCGCGAAUGUUACACCUUCGGACCCCACCAUGUUUCCCUAUCGAUCAUAUGAUGGUACACCAGCUAUCAUAUCUGUCGAAGCUGGUAAUCUACUUUCUGUGUCCGAAGGCGAGCGCAUCACAACCUGUCCCCUCUGUCUGGCGAAAGUGGCCGACAUUCGUUCUCAUGUCGGUCAGCAUAUACUACGUGCAUCCUCAAACACACCGGAACUGGUUAGUCUCAAGGAACCGGUUGGCAAUAUUCUACCAUGCGGAUUCUGCGGCCGAUCUGGACUUCCGGAGUGCGCGAUAACCAUCAAGUUUCCUGCGAACGGCGCCCCAGUUUGGGAGACGAAAUGCGCCUACAAGCACCAGUUCAAAUAUGGAUUCGCGGAGCAAGGGUCGAAGAACAAACCUUGCAGGAACGUACCCUUGAAAUGCGGUCUUUGCCACCCACUACUCGCCCCUGAACCCGGCAAAACUUCGCGAAGAGCACCAGUUGUUGCCGUCGAGAGCAUCUGGCGCUAUAACAUGCCCGCACAUAUUCUUAGCGAGCAUGAGGAGUAUGCUGUUCCUGGACACAGAGAGGUUGGUGUUUUGUUGCCUGAUAGUGUCUGGAAGUCUAUGGAGUUGAACGACCUCGAACUCACCGCUGCUCGCAUCCCGAUGGAGAAAAGGUCUUUAUAUGGCGCUCCAGGGAAGGAAAACAUCCCUGCUAUUGCUUCGGGUUCUCGCUCCCUCAAACGCUCUGCAACAGAGUCUGCAGGAUCUAUCCCUUCCAAACGUGCUCGUACCACUAUCCAACCUCUUCAGACUGCACGUACUCUAGUUAUUUGA